CCUUCGAGUAGCGGGGUGGCGCGGAGAGGGUUAAAGCUCAGGAAUGCACCCGCCAGGAAUGUGCAUGCAGAUGAGAUGGAUGCUAAUCUCAUGCUAAUGAGUGGCUGCCGCCGCCGCCGCCGCCGCCGCCGCCGCUCGGGACUGAGCCGGUUCUCCCCCUCCCCCCGGAACAUAAGCAGCGCCUCGUCUUAGCCUGGACCCCCUGACCCCCUGCUGCCAAUACGGAAUAAGGCCCGAAGGCGGAGGCUCCGUUCAGACAUGGUGGACUGAAACUCAGGAGAGUUUCCUGGCCCGUUGCACGAUUCUGCCUCCCUCCACCCGCCCAGAGCUCCAGGGGAAGGAGGGGGCGUCUUUUCCCGCUUCCCUCCUUUUCUUUCUUGUUUGCUGUCCCUAUGGAGCAGCUAUACCCCGACUUCGACCAUGCCUAGAAAAAUGGGGAAUGGGCAAUUGCCCUUACCCGACGGCUGGGAGGAGGCGAGGGAUUACGAUGGGAAAGUCUUCUACAUCGACCACAACACCAAGCAGACCAGCUGGAUCGACCCUAGAGACAGGUUAACAAAGCCAUUAUCCUUUGCAGACUGUGUCGGAGAUGAGCUACCAUGGGGAUGGGAAGCUGCAUAUGAUCGUCAGAUUGGUGUCUACUAUAUCGAUCACAUAAACCAAACUACACAGAUAGAAGAUCCAAGAAAGCAGUGGCGACAAGAACAAGAAAAAAUGUUAAAAGAUUAUCUUACUGUAGCUCAAGAUGCGCUUAGCACUAAGAAAGAACUUUUCCAUGUGAAAGAGCAGAGGCUGGCUCUUGCCUUGGGUGAAUAUGUACGGCUGAAUGAUGUUUACAAGGAAAAAUCAAGCUCUUAUACAAGUCUUUUCUCAAGCUCCUCUUCCAGCACAAAGUAUGAUCCUGAUAUUCUGAAAGCAGAAAUCUCCACUACAAGAUUAAGGGUUAAAAAACUGAAGCGGGAACUCUUGCAGAUGAAGCAAGAAUUAUUAUAUAAGGAGCAAGGCUAUGAAACAUUGCAACAAAUUGACCAAAAAAUGUCUGGAGGCCAGAAUGGAUAUGAGUUAAGUGAAGCUAAAGCUGUUAUGAAUGAAUUGAAGUCUAUCCAAAAAGCUAUAAGCUCUGGUGAAAAAGAAAAGCAAGAUUUAAUGAAGAGCCUUGCAAAGUUGAGAGAAAGAUUCCUUCUUGGUCAAACUAUUGCCCAAUCAGAAUCAGAUUUGAGAUGCAGCCUGGCACAUUCCCAACAGUCUCUCUCUAAGCAAACUUUGGAUGCAGGGUCUCAGACAGACAUUUCUGGUGAUGUCAGUGUAAAGAACAUGGCCAAUUUAGCUGAAAAGGUCAGAUUGAGUCUUCAGUAUGAAGAAGCUAAAAGAAGAAUGGCAAACUUAAAAAUAGAACUUUCUAAGUUAAAAGGUGAAGCUUGGCCUGGGGCACUAGAAAUUGAGAAGGAAAAAUUGAUGCUGAUAAAUGAAAAGGAAGAGCUUCUGAAAGAACUUCAAUUUGUCACCUCAUGUAAACGCACGCAAGAUGAAUUGAAGCAUUUAGAAGCAGAAAGGAAGAGACUGGAAGAGGAACUAUCUAUGAAAAGCACACCUAGUGAUGAACUUACAGAGAGGUUGAAAUUAGAAGAUAGAAAGAAUAAAUUGGUUAAAAAACUUGAAGAAACUAGUCAUCUAACCACCCAUUUACAUUCCCAGCUUAAAAGCCUCUCUGCCAGUACGUUAUCUGUGUCUUCAGGGAGCAGUUUGGGAUCCUUAGCAUCUAGUCGAGGGUCCCUGAAUACAUCUAGUAGGGGGUCGCUGAAUUCUCUUAACUCUACAGAUCUCUACUACAACCAAGGUGAUCAACCUGUAGAUUUAGACUAUCAAUAUAAAUUGGAUUUCAUAUUACAAGAGAAAUGUGGUUAUAUUCCUUCUGGCCCUAUUACUACCAUUCAUGAAAAUGAAGUGGUCAGCUCCCAUGAGAAAAUGGGAUAUAGUGACUCUUCCAGUUCUUUGGCAGCAAGUCAUGCACCCAAGAUAACUGAACCUCCUAAAUCUGUCACAUCGUUCUCUUCAAGAUCUUCCCUUUCAUCAUUAUCUCCUCCUGAAUCACCUUUGGUUUUAGAAGGUGGCUUUUCAGUCUCUCCUCAAGAUUCUCCGUUACAUCAUUUCAACACAGACUUUGAGGACUGCGAUUUACCCAGUGACUUUACAGGUAUUACUACCUGUGAGAAACAAAUAUUGCUGGAUUCUGAAACUAGAAUGUCUUCUCAAUCACUUAAUGAUAAAUAUCGCAAUGAAAGUGUUUCACAGAGCAUAUCACAUUCAAGAAAUACAGGUAUUGACUUUUCAAGAAGAACAAGAACUCAUUUGCUUGAUGAGAAAACAGGCUGUGUCUCUGCUGCUGUAUCUGAUGAGUCCAUGGCUGGAGACAGUGGUGUAUAUGAAGCUUCUGUAAAACAACCCAAUAGCAAUGAAGAAGUCGCAUGUAGUGAAAAUGAUACCACAAUGCUGGAAACGGCUCAAGUACAAAUAGGACUCCGAUAUGAUACAAAGAGCUCAAGUUUUGUGAUCGUUAUAAUGCAGUUACAAAAUCUUCAGGCUCUUUCAAUAUCCCCUGGUAACAAAAUAUAUUUUAGACUUGCACUUCUUCCACCUUCAACUGACAUCAGCUGUCUAUUCCGUACGAAGUUCCAUCUUGCUACUGAACCUCUUUUAUUUAGUGAGAUGUUCAGAACAGUUCUUUCCCAGGAAGCCUUGCAGAAAAAAACUUUAAGAGUAGAUAUCUGCUCUGUCAGUAAAAGUCACCAAGAAGAAUGUCUAGGUGGAAUCCAGAUAAGUCUGGGAGAUGUGUCGUUUUCAAAUGAGAUAGCAACUUUGUGGUAUAAUUUGCUAUCUUCUAAGCACACUGCUGGAAAAAGGAAUGUGAAGCCAAAGAAAUAUUCAGUCUUUGUGGCAGCCAAUCCAUCACCUGGUUCCUUGGAUGCGGUCUCAGCAUUGUUGGAAAGGACAUCAGCUGAGCUGCAAGCUGUAGAACAAGAAUUGGCAGAGAAAGAAGAGGAAGGGGAGGAGGAGGAGGAGGAGGAAGAGGAGGAAGCACAGAAUACCCAGGGAACACAAAGUUCUGAGGAAGACUGGGUAGGAAUACUGGCAGAGGUAUCCAGAGAAAUGAAUGAAGAAGAGAAUAAAAUCAAAGAGACUGAAGAAGCCAAAUGCACAGAUAGCAAGAGAAUGAGCUUUAAUUUGGAACACGCAGGUGGUACUGAACAUGAGAAAGGCAGCAACCUCACAGAAGUGGAUCUCAACAAAGAAACAAUAGUAUCCCCAAUACUGGUUGAUAGAGAAACAAAUACAGAAGAUAAGAUUGAGUAUGUAGCUAUACAACCCAAGGACAAAGCCAGCCUGAAGUCUCAACAGCAUCCUUUUGUCAGAAACAGCAUGAUAGUACGUUCACAGACGUUCUCUCCAGGCGAGCGGAACCAGUACAUCUGUAGGCUGAAUAGAAGCGAUAGCGAUAGCUCAACAUUGGCCAAAAGAACUCUCUUUGUGAGAAAUUCCACAGAACGGCAGAGCUUGAGAGUCAAAAGGCCUACUUGCCAGUCCAACUUGCGAAGAGCAGUGCGAGAGCGCCUGGUGCGUACUUCUCUUGACUUGGAGCUGGAUCUUCAGGCAUCCCGGACCCGUCAGAGUCGCCUGAAUGAUGAACUACAGACACUUCGUGCUCUUAGACAGAAGUUAGAAGAGAUGAAAGCAACAGGGCAGACGGACCUUCCUCCAUGUAUUUUGGAAGAUGAAAGAUUCCAAAAGCUUUUGAAGCAAGCCGAAAAAGAGGCUGAACAGUCAAAGGAGAAAAAGAAACAGGGAUUAAAUGCAGAAAAAUUGAUGAGGAAAGCUUCAAAAGACGUGUGCCGAUUACGAGAGCAAAGUCAGAAAGUGCCAUUACAGGUGCAAUCUUUCAGGGAGAAGAUGGCAUACUUCACAAGAGCAAAAAUAAGCAUACCAGCUCUACCAGCUGAUGAUGUCUAACAAUAUUUUGCAUCAAAGGUGUUGUUCAUUUUUUAAUUAAAUGCUUUUAUACUAUUGUUCUACAAUCUUUUAAAGACAUAUUUUUGAAUUCAAUUGUAGAUAUUGUUUAUAAAAUAUAUACAUUAUGCUCUAAUGUAACAUUUCAGAUGUGCAAACUGUUCUCUUUGUCUUUUCUCUAGAAAUAUAAAGCAAAAUAUACAUUGAUAUACCAAUGAGACUAACUUUGUACAGUUUGUAUAUGUAAAAACAAAGGAAAUCCUAGUAUAUAUGAACUGCACUGCUGCUCUAUAUCAUGCAAUGUGUCCCAUAUGUUUCAUUUCCCAGCUUACUUUUUUACCCACAAGGGCAGACUGUGAAAAUGGCUAUUGAGCCAUCUAAUAGGUUUUGAAAAAAAGAGUGGUGAUAGUAGUAGUAGUAGUAGUAGUAGUAGUAGUAGUAGUAGUAGUAAUAGUGUGUACAUAGCUUUCAGAAAAUGUGAGUCCUCUUCCAUGCCAGCAGGUCUGUCUAGUGCAGUGAUGGCAAACCUUUUCAUCACUGAGUGCCGAAAAGGGAGAGCACACAUGCACAUAUUGAUUGCAACCCGGAAGAGGGACUGCCCAGGGCGCAUGCGCGCGCCCAAAAAUGAACUUUCCAUUUCAGCUACUGAACUUCUGGUUUCAGCCAGCUACUCUUCUGGGUUUCUGGUGCACAUGCGUAUGCGACGAUCAGCUGGCCAGCGCACAUGCUCACGCAGGAAAAUGGAAGACCACCUCUUCUCGUUUCCGGCACUGCAGCAUGCAAAAAGGCCAGCUGAUCGUCCCGCAUGCAUCUGCGCCAUAAACCUGGAAGAGUUAACAGGCGAUGCCGCAAGUGUCAGGCAACAUAGCUCCACGUGGCACUUCAGGCACGUGUUCCAUAGGUGCCAUCAUGGGUCUAGUGCAUACAGGUUCUGUUUAGAUUUCGGCUGUCUACAUGGGAACUUUCAACUUUUUUUUGUUUGUUUGUUUGAAUGAAGGAAGAGGCCUAGAAUAUUCAGGCCCUGAAUUUGGGGCUGUAUUUCAGAUCUCACUGUAUCUAAGAGCUUGGAGAGAAUACAAGGGAAGUACGUAUAACCCUCUAUGUGUUGAAAUUGAUAAUACCCAAAUGGCAGCUGUUUAGAAAAAUGGACUCAAAUUCAAUUUUAAACCUGAGAAUUCAAAGGAUGAAAUAUAUGUAAAUAUAUCUAGUAAGAGCUUAUUAAAAUAGUUACAUUCAUGGAGCCCAAACAGAUCCAUUUUCACCAGAACUGUUCUUAACAAAUUUAUUUCUCUAAGGCAGUGUUUCUCAACCUUGGCAACAUUAAGCUGUGUGGAGUUCAACUCCCAGAAUGCUGGGGAAAUCUUGGAAAUGAAUCUGACAUAUCUUAAAAUUGCCAAAGUUGAGAAACACUGAUCUAAGCACCCAUUGUAUACUAUUGUUAUAGAGAUUUCUUCUAAGAAACCUUGAUAAUGAGCACUUAAAAUAAUAUUAGUUGGGUUAAGAUUAAAUAGACCAUGUAAAUUGGUUCCUAAAUUAAUUAUGGCACAAUAAGGAUUAAACAUGGUCAAUAACCUUAGCUUGUUUAACCAGCAACAGGUUUAAUACAAAGUGAUUUUUAAAAAUUGGUUAUUCGCCAAAAUCAGUUUCUGGCUACAAGUUUACAGUAGAUACUAGGCAAAGUAUUUGAAAAGGGUCUAUGACAGUUUGCCACAGCCAACUUGAGGCCAACUUGCCAUGACCAACUCACCACGGACAGCUCACCUUCGCCAACAUGCUGCAGCCAACUCAUUGUGGGACAAGAGUUACACUAAUAUCAAAGAAAUUGUGGAAAAGAAAGGAUGAAAAAGGAUGGAAAGAAUGAAGUGUGAAUGGCAAAAUUUUUUUUAAAAAUAUUUAAUUUAAAUAAUUAAAUUGAAUUGUUAAAUUGCCAUAGAGCAAGUUGUCCUCUGGUGAGUUGGCUGUGGUGAAUUGUCCCGCAGCGAGUUGGCCAUGUAAAUUGGCCAUGCUGAGUUGACUGUGGUGAGUUGGCUGUGGCAAGAUGUCCCAUUCUGAUUUGAAAAGGUGCUUCACAAGCACAUGUGGGCGCAUCUGAAAUCCCACCCCACCCCGCUUUAUUAAAUUGCUGAGGAAACUACUGCACAUCUACUAGGAGGCUCAAGUUGGAAGUAGUUGCUUUAUCAAUCAUCCUUCUAUGUAGAGGUACUUUUCUAGCUGACCUUCAGUUGUCGUGCAUGUAUACACACGUGCAGUGUCUGUGACCAUGUUUAAAGUCUAGAAAAUCUGUGCCAAAACUUUGGAAGGAUCUCUUCAAGAACUUUUGCGUCAUUCAGUCCAUCAAAGCGUUUUGCAUAGCCAUAGUAUAGGCACAGGUUUUCUUGGCAUCCUCACUUCCCCUGGUAAUUCUCAUCUGAUAACCAGGUACUGAUUAGUUUUGAUGUCAUCCUCAUGGAACACAGUGAUUAAUGCCUUGUUUCAGCGGUGAUGUCACAGUUUUGUAGAUCAGACCAAAGCAAGGCAUCUAAUUACUUAAGAAAGGAUUGAAGAGCUAAUAGUGAUAAGUGUCUUUACUAAAUUAAAUCUGCAUGCCAUACUCCCCACUGACGAAAAUAGAACUUCUCAGUUUAUAAGAUCAGGCUAUUUAAACAAUGUAGCUAUUGCUUCCAAGUUAUGGAACAUAAGAUAAUGAGAGCAUAAAAGUUAUUUAGGCUGUUUUAAAGCCAUUUGAUGAAAGUGACACAUAGUUCUGUAUGUGAUACAUAUUCACAUAUACACAAAAAAAGAACCAAGGAAACAAAAAGACUUCUACUAAUUGUGUACUUGUUCAUUUUGCAACAUAAUUGUAUAUUGACAUGCUGUAUUUUAUUUUUCAAGGAUAUAAUAGUAUUGUUGAAAAAAAUAGGAGAACAUUUACAGUAUGUUCAUUGCCAUCCUUAGAAUUACAGAAGGAAAUAAAUUAUUGUGUCUUAAUUUAUUUUUGUAAAUCUCCCAAAGGGUCCUAUUGUUAUGCAUAACUAUAUGUAAUUAUUCAGAUCUUUUCAAUAUUACUUCUACUUGGAAGUAGGAAACUGCUUAAUAUUUCCUAGGUGUCCCUCUUUUUUUAAAUCCAUCUUUUAGAAGUGAACUAAACAUGUACAUGCCAUUUACUCUGUAAAGGUCAAUGUCUAAAAGCUGAAGUCGCAAAGUUAUUUAAUAUAGAAAUGAAGGCUGAUAAUUUCAGCUUCUCAGUUUGACAUUACAGUAUAAUAAUGUUUUAGAAUGAUAUAUAGAGUUGUAUCUUGUGAUUUAUUUAUUUUCAGUCUUAUUUAUGUACAGUACAUCUUAAUAUAGUUCAGUUCUGUGCAUUUAAAUUUGCGGGUUAAAGAAAGCUACUGUGCAAAUUGUUUUUGGGACACAUGCAAAUAUAUCUCCCUCUUUCUCUUCUGAAGGUAUGCCACAAUAUUUAGAGAGAAACAAAAAGAAUAAUAUAUUGGCAAGACAAAUUUUGUUGGGUGUUUAUUAAAAGGAUCUUCCAUCCAUCCCUUCUUUCACAUGCUAAAAUUGCAGCAACCUCAAUUAAUACUUAAGAAAACAUUCUGAAGUCCUGGAAGUCUUACACAAAGUCUGUUUAGCAUUUGAAACAAUUUUGAAAACCGUGAUCAUAGACAAAUACCAGUCAAGUCUCAUACAACACUAAUAUCAUUUUUAUCAUAAAAGUUACCUAUCAGAGAAUAGAACAAAUGUAAUCAUAUCUUGAUUAUCAUUACUUCAGUACAAUCCUGCACGUUAUAUUAUAAGUAUUAUACAAUAUUGUUUAGCCAAAUGAACAAAGUGUUAGCAAAUCUUUUAUUGGAGAAACUAAACUUCAAUUUUUAAACAGUUAUUUUAUAUUUAAGUAUUAAAUGCUCAGAACUGAACUCAAUAUUUAAUCAGGUUGUAUCACAAAUGUCUUCUAUCCUAAUAUUGUCUGUAUAUGUAUACAUCACCAGAUUAACCUUUGUCUCUGCACUUUUCAAUUGUUUCAAUGAUUUGGAAAAAUACAGUUUUUUAACAGUAA